AUGGACGAAGAGACCCGUAAAGGGCUCAGCAAGCUACUCCAUGUUCCGGCACCGCGCAAGAUGACGUCGGAGGAGCUGAAUAGUCUGAUCGUGUUCUUCGGAACACAGCCAGCUCGCCCGGCUCUCAGCGACAUUUUGCAGUUCUUCAACAAACUCUUCAACGGGUCCGGAGCGUUUGUAGAAAUGGAGCCGCGAUUGUGCAAUCCGUACUUUUUCAUUCCUUUGACAAUCAACGGAAUGAUGCCGAUGCCGAAUGGUCACCGAUGCGACGCCAAUGGAAUUUGCGAGCUUCUCAAUGUCCGCAGCAGAAACUCGGUCGUUGCGACUGUGCAACUGCCUCCGGAAGUUCAAAUGUACCCGGACAACAUGGAGAACCACUAUUAUCGGUUCUUUCUCGACUACAAAAAUGAUUUGAUCACUUCGAAGCCACUUCAGUUCAAAUCGUUCAUUCUGGGGGGUGAUCGAGUCCGAAUCUUCUUCGAUGGAGUCGAUCAGUUCCACAAUAUUGUGAUGCGCGAAAUUGCGGAAAAAAACUGUGCAAUUGAUCCCGAACUUUUUGAUGAAUAA